AACAACUGUGUUGAAUGCACUCUGUUUGUGGCUAAAUCUGCUAUGCCUGACUCGACAUUGUACCCCCAAUUUAGACUCGGCGAGUCUCGUUUUGAUCAGGGCUUUUUUUAUGGCAGAUUAAGACACUUCUUGGAUGUGAUCGACCCUCGCACGCUCCUUGUGUCAGAGUAUCGUUUGCGUGAAUGUAUGAAUCUCUUGGAUCAGUUCAAAUAUGGAACACUGCCUGCAGGCGUGACUAAUGCACAGCUUUGGGAGGCUCAGAAGGUUAAACAGGCCAUCAUCCAUCCAGACACAGGAGAGAAGAUCCCCAUGCCCUUUCGCAUGUCAGGUUUUGUGCCCUUUGGUACACCAGUGGUAGUGGGCCUCCUCCUACCCAAUCAAACUCUUGCUUCCACCAUCUUCUGGCAGUGGCUGAACCAGAGCCACAACGCUUGUGUCAACUAUUGCAACCGAAAUGCAACUAAGCCUGCACCAAUGUCAACGUUUUUCCAGGGAUACCUUGGUGCAGUCAGCAGUGCAGUUACUAUAGUGGUGGGGCUGAAUAUUCUUAUAAAGAGAGCUGAAAAGUUCAGUCCAGCUACAAGAAUCCUGGUCCAGAGGUUCAUCCCCUUCCCUGCCGUUGCAAGUGCCAACGUGUGCAAUGUUUUGCUGAUGCGCCACACUGAACUGUCAGAGGGCAUCAGUGUACUGGAUGACAGAGGUAAUGUGGUGGGCACCUCGAAGCUGGCUGCCAGACAUGCUUUGACAGAGACAGCCCUGACGCGUGUCGUGCUGCCCAUGCCUAUCCUCCUGUUACCGCCUAUAGUAAUGGCCAUGCUGGAGAGACUCCCUCUGCUGCAGAAGCACCCCCGUCUUGUGCUGCCUGUUCACAGUAUGGUGUGUCUCUGCGCGUUCGGCCUGGCUCUGCCUGUUGCCAUCAGCUUAUUCCCCCAAAACAGUCAGAUCCAUGUGUCAGAGCUAGAGCCAGAGAUCUCUGCUGCAACAGAGUGCAAGAUCCUAACCUACAACAAGGGUCUUUAACCCUUGUAAAUACUUGACACCAAUCAACUAAUGCCUUCAUCUCUUACGGUAAAAUUCCACAUAUGUGAACAGAAAAAGCAGCGCUUUUACUCAUUUAUAUGAAUACACGCUAAACCUAGUCUUUGUAAAAGUAAUGUUAGAAGCUUGCUUCUCACUGGAUUGUUCCUGCUGUGUAUGAAUCCUCUCCCAGCCACAUACAGAGACAGACUCUCACUAUUGCUAAUCAUCCCCUUUGCAUGCAGUUGAACAUGACAUUGGUAAAUCAGACUAGAGGAUUGCAGGAUAUUUACAGAAAUGAACAUUGUUCCCAUUGAAACAAUACUGUAAUAAUUACCUGAAAAAUUAUUGUUUACAAAUAAAUGUUAAUGCAAUAAAUUAUCA